GUUGGGUGAUACUAAUUGGGGCCAGUUAGCUAACUGGGGACACCUAACUAAAGUCAAUAACUAAUAACUAGUUUACAAAGAAAAUUAAUUAAUAAAUGUUGAAGUUGAUAAAUACUUAUUUACGGCAUAAUAAUAAUUACUAUAAAAUAAUAUAAAAUGAUUCAGUUCACGAUUUACAUGACAAGACUCAAUGAGGUCGCUCCCCGGGGUCGCUUCUGGGAAACCAUGAAGAAACUCCAAAGUCCGCUGUGAAAAAAAUAAUGUAAAUGAACAUAAAAUGGUUGGCAAUCUCUGGCAGGAGGCAGACCAGUUGGCUUUUACAAGCGUGGACCACAAGAGCUGAAGACGGUGCUACCGAAAAACAACACCAGCAGGUAGUCAGAGCGGGACUUGAACCCGCGAUCUCGGGAUGUUGCCUUCAGUUUGAUAAUUGAUUUAUUCGGUAGAUAGCCUCUGAACACACUGUGAUUUGCGUUGGGUUUGGUAGCCAGUGCGACACGCUGAAACCUCCUAGGCUGGAAACGCUAUUCCCCUCCUCUAUCAAGUUAUUCGUUGGGCAGCUACAUAACGCAAUUUUUAUUGCAAUUUUGUUUUUGUUUUUGCGAAAGUUUCGUUGGAUACACCCUGCGAGCAGAGCCUCUUUCAUCUCUUUUUUGAUGCACUGUAAGAAAAGGCUCUGCUUGCAGGCUGGGUAGUGUGCGGGGAAGGCGUAUCCAACGCGGCAAGGGUGAAACGGAGACAAGAUUUUCGACCCCAGUUUCCCUCGUUGCGCAUUAUUUUGAUGGCGGCCAUGAUGCCUGUUCCAGAAACUAACAGCCACUGUACAGAUAGCCCUAACUACAGAGACAAAUACAAGACUUUAAAGAGGAAACUGAAGUUUCUGCUUUAUGAACAAGAAUAUUUUCAAGAGGAACUCAGAAGAGUGCAGAAGAAACUUCUUCGGGUUUCCCGCGACAAAAGGUGCAAUCUACAUGUAGUUACUGCUGAUUUUAUAGCAUUUAAUAUCAGAAAUGGAAAUUUGUAUUUAAUGCUAGACUUGUCUAUGCUGCUAGUAUUAAUUGCUGUGCUUGUUUUAACCCAAGGCUGAGGUCAUGACUACCCAUGACCUGUAAUCAGGUAUCUUUUUUGGUGACAUCUUUUUUUUUUUAAUAAAGGGAGAGAGGGUAUGACUGCAGGUAAGCCGAGGGUACACAUGAAGCUUUUUACUGAAUGUCAGUAGCUACAACUUUUUCAAAAUAUGUUUAUUACAGAACAUGGUGAAAAUUAGGUUUUCUAUUUAUUUCACACGUGAUGCAACCUUAAAGAAUUAGGACAUUUGUUUAUUAUUAUGAAGUGAUUUUACAAAUAGUGCAUGACUUGUGUAAUGGAGGCAUCACAUGUCUUUACCAUUGUAUUCAUGGACCAACUUUUGUGGCAACUUGUGACUGUCAAAACCUCACUCAAUGUACCUGUGGUUUAAGCAUCAUUUAGUCUGUAAACAACAAAAAUAUAAGGGCUAACUCCUAAGUGACUUUCGACUUGACUCAUACAGUGUAUUAAUAUAUUUUUUCACGGAGCGUGUCCAAGAUUUAAUUGAUAAAUUGGC